AUGACUCAGUUCAAAAGAUUACGUGAAUUAGAGUUGGCAAAAAACUUGGUAAAAAAAUAUAAAGUUAUACAAAUACCAUGGAGUAGAUCUCCACCUAGAAGACAAACUUCAACAAGUUGCUUCGGCGAAAUAAAAAAUAAGCUAUACGGUUUUCAUCAUGAUCAAUCAUACGCCAGUGAUGUACUGAUAAUGGAACAUGUUAAUGAUGAUUGCCUGGCUGAAAUAUUCAUGUAUCUUCCAGCAUGUGAAAGACCAAAAAUUGCAUUGGUGUGUAAACAAUGGAAAAGAGCUCUUGAUUAUUACUCUUGGUUUAAUGUCAAAAAACUAGAACUAACUUAUUGGAGAUAUGACGAGUAUCCUAAUUUAUUAACGAAAAAUUAUCCAACAACCGAUGGACAAUUUAGUUUUUUAAAAUCGCUUCUUAAUAAAUGUGGCCGUUAUUUAACAGAAUUAGACUUGACAGCAUAUAACCACUUUAACAUAGUACCAGUUGUCAAUGAAUCAUGUCCAAAUCUCGUAGAACUUCGAAUAAGAAGUGAAUAUAUUGACGAUGCAAUAUUAGAUAAUGCAUUUUCACGUCUUUUGAAACUAAAAGUAUUGAAAAUUAUAUUUCAAUGUUUUAAAUCUCGCGAUACAUUUAUACCUGUUACUUUAAUCAAGUCAUUGUUAAACGUUGCUGAUACAUUGACUGAACUGAAUUUGUCAAAUUGGUGUGAAUGCAUAGACGACAGUACUAAUUUUCCAGAUGAAAUCACUAGUGUGGUUUCUGAACUGAAGGCCUUGAAAAAGUUUCAAUUUGCUGGUAUAUGUAGUCCCAGAAGUUUAAUCAAUUAUUUAACUUUAAUAGAAUCUACAUUAAUAACCACUGGUGACGAGUGUAAAUAUAGUGAAAAUAAAUUGGAUUUCUCAAAAAAAUAUACUUCGGUCAAGAGCUUAGAAAUUAAAAAUUCCCAAGUUACUGAUGAUUUUUUAUAUAAUGUUGCCAAUGUCAUGAGAGAAUUAAAAUCACUACGAAUUCAUAGUCACACGAUAACCGAUGCUGGUAUAGUAGCAAUUUCAAAGAUGAAUUAUUUAAGACAUCUUGAUUGUUUCGGGUUUAAUAACAUCACUGACUCUUCAAUUAAAUUACUCAAAAACAUGGAAGUUGUGUUUUUACCAUUCAGCAAUAAAAUUACAAAUGAAUCAGCCAUAAAAGUUCUUGAAAAUUCACCAGAGAUGAAAUAUUAUCGCGUUCAUAACACAAGUGUAACUUCUGAAUUCAUCAAAAAAGCAGAAGAAAUAUCAAGAAAUCGUAAACAAAAAUUGACAGUGGUCAUGUCAUAUGAAGAUGGUGAGCCUAAUACACAAAUUGAAUAUGAAUAUUUAACAGUCGAAUUUGUUGAAAACGUUAAAUUACCAAACAAAAAAUCUUCUAUCUAAUACCAGAUUGAUCAAACUUUUUAACAAUAUAACAAUAAUUAUAAAAAAAAAACAACAUAUUGAGUUGUUAACAACAUAUUUCUAUCAACAGUGACACAAUUAUUUUUAAUAAAUUUCUAGCAAAGCUAGAAAAUAUAUCGAAUUAAAUAUAAUAUUAAUUCAACAAUAAAAUAUAAAUUUCAUUUCCAUUAAAAAAAAAAAAAUAAAUAAAUAAAUUUGAAUUAUUUACAAAUCUAAUUACAGGUGUUACCUCCUGCAAUAGCUGUUUUCACGUGUUUCAAUUUAUUCAAAUAAGUUACAAACUCAUCUGUAACUCGUAUUUUAAAUAAAUAAAAUAAUAAGGACAGUAGCCUCCAGCAUAGUUUCUGUGUUUACAUUAAUUCAUUAUCUACUGCUUGUCCUUAGCAUUUUAUUAAUUCGUUAAAAAUCUCAUCAGCUUUAUUGUUAAUUUACAAAAAAUUAUUUACCUGAUUUUAUGAUGACUUGCUAGAUUAAAUUAAUUCAUUUAAUUUUGCAGAUCAAUAGUCAAUACGAUUAAUGAAAAAUUAAAAAUUAAUAACAUUUCAACAAUAAUAAUAGGUACGACUCCACAAAUGCCACUUGAAAGGAAAAAAAUUAUUAAGUUCUUUGAAAUGUCCUACUUUGAAGACUAAAUAUAAUAUUAACGAUAAUAAAUAAUAAAUAAAUUAAAAACAAGUAAAUAAAUUAAUAAAAA